ACCCGAAUCACAAAGUCCUGAGCAAACCUCUCGAGAGGGCGUGCGGCCCUUUAUUAUUCCUUCCCUCGAGGCCAAGCAACAGAUGGUGGAAGCUUGGAAGAACUCUAGUCUCGAAAGUCGAAACCCUAGCAAGUGUUACGAUCGAUCCUGCCUCUAAUCCUUCGCAUUUCCCGGAACAGGGAUAUCCAUGGCAAGGAAGAGGGCGCAGAGGUAAAUUAGUGUUUGAUCUCAGUUUGAAGGUAUUUAGAGGUGUUUCGGCGCUCGCAAUGGAUAUUGAUUCGGGUCCGAGCUCUAGCAAGCCAGUGCAAAUGGAUUUGGAGGAACCCUGCGACAGUGGGUCAAAUUCAAAGGGUAAAGAAAAGGAGGAGCUUUCCGAAUCGAUAGACAAAUUGCACAUAUCUGAAUCGUCGUCAAAUGGGAAUUUCAAAAGAAAGCCAGUUAUCAUCAUUGUUGUUGGGAUGGCAGGGAGUGGUAAGACUACAUUUCUUCACCGGUUGGUUUGUCACACGCAAUCCUCAAACAUCCGUGGAUAUGUUCUGAACCUUGACCCCGCGGUUAUGACGCUUCCAUUUGGUGCCAAUAUCGAUAUAAGAGACACUGUUCGUUACAAGGAAGUAAUGAAGGAGUACAACCUAGGUCCCAAUGGUGGAAUUCUUACAUCGUUAAAUCUUUUCUCCACAAAAUUUGAUGAGGUUAUAUCUGUCAUCGAAAGGCGGGCUGAUCAACUUGAUUAUGUUCUGGUGGAUACACCUGGUCAGAUUGAGAUAUUCACUUGGUCAGCUUCAGGAGCGAUAAUUACAGAAGCUUUUGCUUCCACUUUCCCAACAAUCAUUGCUUAUGUUGUUGACACACCUCGAUCAGCAAACCCAGUAACAUUCAUGAGCAACAUGCUUUAUGCAAGCAGUAUUCUUUACAAGACGAGGUUGCCUUUGGUGGUGGUAUUUAACAAGGUUGAUGUGGCCAAGCAUGAGUUUGCAUUGGAGUGGAUGGAAGAUUUUGAGGCAUUUCAGACAGCAUUGGACACCGAUGCAUCAUACACAUCAACUUUAACAAGAAGCCUCUCUCUGGUACUAGAUGAGUUUUAUAAAAAUCUGCGCUCUGUUGGAGUUUCGGCUGUUUCUGGUGCUGGAAUGGAAGCCUUCUUUAAUGCGAUAGAAGCAAGUGCUAAAGAAUAUAUGGAGAAUUACAAAGCUGAUCUUGACAAGAGACGUGCUGAGAAGGAACGGUUGGAGGCAGAACGCAGGAGGGCAAACAUGGAGAAAUUACGAAAAGACAUGGAAAAAACCAAAGGACAAACUGUAGUGCUAAGCACUGGUUUAAAGGACAAGGAACCUGCUAGUAAGAUGAUGGAGGAGGACAAUGAGGAGGAAGAAGAGGAGGAAGACGAGUACAUCAGGUUUUCAGAGGAGGAUGAGGAAGAUGAGGAAGUAGCCCACUUUGCAUUCUGAAGUGUAUGCCAUCCUUCGCAAUUCUGAUUUUAGAAGCAUUCAUCAAUCUGUCUUAGUGCUGAUCCCUCCAGCCGUACCUUACGGAGCAUAUGACCAGAGUGCAGGAUCAACAGAUCAGCUGGCGGCCAGAAAUUUAGUUAUAGAUGUACGCUUUGCGAACAUCUCAAAUGUGCUAUUGGAUGUUACAUACUUUCUAUGGGAUGGUUAGCAGAUUUAGUUGAUUUAAAGAAUGUAAUUAGCUUUGGAGAAAUCACUAUUGUGGCCUAUGCGUAGUUUUGACUCAACGCAAAGAUUAUUCUAACCUUCAUUAUCCAAGAAGAAUCUGUAUUUUAUCGUAA